GUGGCCAAGCUAGCUAUGGCUUACAACUUUUACUGGUAACAGUCAGAUAAACUAGGACACCUGAAAUUUGGGGCAGGUUAACUUAGAAACACAAAAAUUAGACUGUAUAAUCCAAAGAAUGGAUGCUCAAGGACAACAGGAGUUGCGGCUGGAUCCGCCGCUUUUCGUGACCUGUGACAUGGAACAGUUUCGAGAUCCAAACAAGAAGCGUGCCGCCAACGAUGCCUGCGAGGAACUGGACAAGCUGGAUGCCCAGGAUGAGAUCAGUGUGUCAAGUAUCAUCUCGGCCCUUUUGCGACCGAUUGAGCCGUCUGAUGAUCAGUUUAAGGUGUGCGACUGGGGCAUCAAUCCCAAGCAAUUUAUGCCCACCAAACAGGCGAUAAUUUUUAAGGAACAGUUGUUCAUCUCGAAGCUGCGGAAUACAAACUGCAAGUUGAAUGAAAACCUAAAAAUUUUCUUUGAGCGGGAACUUGAGCAAAUUGGACGGUUCUGUUUAAAUGUGGAGGAAUCCUACGAUGGCUAUGUGAUCUUCAGCAGCAGUAAGAUGAAGAAGGGCAAGGGUCUGACGGAGUGUGGCCACCAGUUGAAGGGGAAGUACGAUGAUAGGUUCCUCCUUAUCUGCGAGAAGAGAUCGGAGUUCGAUCGAAUCGAUAAUACUCGGGUGGAGAAGACGCUGGAGCUGCGAAACCAUGCUGACUUGAUGCUUACCGCUAUUCGCGAAACGAAAAUCAACGAAGAAGUGCAGCGCUUUAAGGCCCGCAUCGAUAUCAAGGAUCGCGAUCACGUGUUCGUCCUGGAUGGCGGGAUCAUGCUGCUGAUGAGACACCUGGUGUGCAACAACUUUGUGGGCGACUUCGAGUAUUACACAAUGAAUUUGUAUGGCCGGGUCCUUCGCUGCAAUCUGGUGGUUUCCAAGGAGCGCAAGGAGGUGCGCAUUUUCUAUCGCACAUACAAGAACGUCGUGCACAUCUUCACCCAGCAGUGCUUCAACGACGAACUGCAGGAUGUGGCCGAGACCUUCAUGACUCCUGAGGGCCGGAUUGUUCUGCACUAUUGGCGCGGCUAUAACUACCUUUUGCAUGCGGCCUGCAUGCCACCGAAGAGAAAGGAACCCGUCCUGCCCAAAUUGGAACUGAUGUGGCGCCAGAACACACAGUUGGCUCGCAAGUUCCAAGAACUCAAAGCCCUCAAUUACGAGAAUGCCACCAGCUAUCUAAGCAGCAAUUCACAGCUUGCCGAUUUUAUGCAGGAUUAUGUGCUCAAUCUGCUGCGGUACAAGCCCAGCAAUGUCCUCGAGUUCUCAAUCAUGUUUUUCCAGAAUAUGGCGAAGGGAUAGGUUUAUCCUGAAUUAGGUAUCUGGUGUGUUUUCUAAAUUUCAAGUGCUCAUUGGGCAAUUAAUCCUAUAAAUAGAUUCAGAAAGGUCUUAUUUAA